AUCCUGGUAGCCGAGGUUGGUACUUGUAGUACCAGUACUUCAGGUCAUCCUGGUAGCAGAGGUUGGUACUGGUAGUACCAGUACUUCAGGUCAUCCUGGUAGCAGAGGUUGGUACUUGUAGUACCAGUACUUCAGGUCAUCCUGGUAGCAGAGGUUGGUACUUGUAGUACCAGUACUUCAGGUCAUCCUGGUAGCAGAGGUUGGUACUGGUAGUACCAGUACUUCAGGUCAUCCUGGUAGCAGAGGUUGGUACUUGUAGUACCAGUACUUCAGGUCAUCCUGGUAGUGGAGGUUGGUACUUGUAUUACCAGUACUUCAGGUCAUCCUGGUAGCAGAGGUUGGCACUGGUAGUGUAUCAACACUUCUUGUCAUCCUGGUAGCAGAGGUUGGUACUUGUAGUACCAGUACUUCAGUUCAUUCUGGUAGCAGAGGUUGGUACUGGUAGUGCCAGUACUUCAGGUCAUCUUGGCACCAGAUAUAUUCUUAUUGUAGUGUCAAUUUUUAUUAUCAUAAGGCUCCCAUAUGUGUCAAAUUCUGAAGUAUAUAGUGACAACACUGUGUUACUACAGUAUUAGAAAUAUAUAGUGACAACACUGUGUUACUACAGUGUUAGAAAUAUAUAGUGACAACACUGUGUUACUACAGUGUUAGAAAUAUAUAGUGACAACACUGUGUUACUACAGUGUUAGAAAUAUAUAGUGACAACACUGUGUUACUACAGUGUUAGAAAUAUAUAGUGACAACACUGUGUUACUACAGUGUUAGAAAUAUAUAGUGACAACACUGUGUUACUACAGUGUUAGAAAUAUAACAUUUACAGUGGCAUCAGUGUCAUGAAGUUGUUGUGUAAUAAUACUGUUAAACAUCACAUUAACAUCCUAGUAUAAACAUCCUAGUAUAAACAUCUUGCUGUGUUGACAAACAUCCUUGUAUUAUCUCUGUAAUAAGAAUUUUUUCAUAAUAUUUGUUGUUACAAAACUGUUGUGAGAGACAACACAAUAAGUGUGAGGGGCCCAAGACUGUUUAACUGCCUCCCAGCAUACAUAAGGGGGAUUACCAAUAGACCCCUGGCUGUCUUCAAGAAGGUGCUGGACAGGCACCUAAAGUCAGUACCUGACUAACUGGUCUGUGGUUCGUACGUCAGUUUGUGUGCAAUCAGCAGUAACAACCUGGUUGAUCAGACCCUGAUCCACCACGAGGCCUGGUAUCAGACUGAGCCCUGGGGGUGUUGACCCCCAAAACCCUCUCCAGGUAAACUCCAGGUAAGAAACAUUGAAAUUUAUGAAGAGUAUUAGAGAAGCCUUCAAGGAAGGUGCUUGUCAACUGCUUGUUUGAUCCAGUUAUUGGAGAUAUACUCCCAUUUUUAAAUAUCCAUCCUAUUCUUCAAGCACAAUUUAAACCUUACUGGUUUAGUGCCUUGCUGUUGCCUGGCUGGCAAAGCUCUCAUUUCACACAUGGAGGGCCCGGGUUUGAUUCCUCACGGGGUAGAAACAUUUCGAUGUGUUUUCCUACACAUGUUGUCCUGUUCACCUAGCAGCAAAUAGGUACCUGGGUGUUAGUUGACUGGUGUGGGCGGCAUCCUGGGGGACAAGAUUGAGGGCCCCAAUGGAAAUAAGUUAGACAGUCCUUGAUGACGCACUGACUUUUUUGGGUUAUCCUGGGUGGCUAACCCUCCGGCGUUAAAAAUCCAAACGAAGUCUUAUCUUCAAUAUAAGAAAGUGAUCACAGAAAUUGUAUGUGCUAAGUACUACAUUAUUGACCCCAGUGUUACUCAUGUAGGUCUAGAUUAUUAGUCAGUGUUACUCACGUAGGUCUACAUUAUUAAUCAGUGUUACUCACGUAGGUCUACAUUAUUAAUCAGUGUUACUCACGUAGGUCUAGAUUAUUAAUCAGUGUUACUCACGUAGGUCUACAUUAUUAAUCAGUGUUACUCACGUAGGUCUACAUUAUUAAUCAGUGUUACUCACGUAGGUCUACAUUAUUAAUCAGUGUUACUCACAUAGGUCUACAUUAUUAAUCAGUGUUACUCACGUAGGUCUACAUUAUUAAUCAGUGUUACUCAUGUAGGUCUACAUUAUUAAUCAGUGUUACUCAUGUAGGUCUACAUUAUUAACCCCACACUUGUAGGUCUACAUUUUAAGCACAGUUGUCUCACAUAGGCUGUGAGUAGUAAAUUUGGGUGUAGACAUGCGAGGAUGUGUCUUCGGAGCAAGUGCACAGUGUAAAUCAAAUCCUUCCCCAAGCAGUGCAUCCUGAGAAAAACUGACCUCUGACCUGUUUGGUUUUAAAUAGUGACUUGGAGGUGGUUUUAGGAUGUUUUUUCCUGGUUUUGUGCCUGUUUCUUGGUACUGGUUGAUAAAAUGGACAUCAUUCUACUGAAAAGAAUAAUUUGGUUGAUUUCAAAACCAGAAGCAGCUUGAAAUAUUUAAUUUCUGACAAUUUUUUCUUUAGGAAAGACUCCUUCUCCCCUCUCAUCUUCAAUUAUUAGGAUGGCCUAAAUCACGACAAUUUUUCCUGGUUAUUUUUUAUUAUCUGAGAAAUAGGGUAAAACUUAUAUUUUGUGUGUGUGGAUUCAAAACAGAGGGAAGGCGUAAUAUACUAGAGGCUGGGAAAGAUGAUUAAUGAACAGAUGAUACGUUGCUGGAAUGCAUACUCUGUUCAUUUUUUAUUGUUUUCAGAUUAGAAUUUGUUGAAUUUUGUGUUAAAUUAAUCAAAUUAGCAACUCUUAUGCACUUUAGCUACUGUGAAUAAGCUAAAAAAAAUUUUUGGAAUGAGCAAAAGGUGAAAUUGCUGAUGUGCUCAGAUUGCCUCUUUAAUUCUACAAGUUUGCAUCAUAUUUUAUGUUUCUGGAGUCAUUACCUUAACAAAAAGAUUCUCUGCCAUUUCCAAAGAAAUUUUUUUCUCCUUUCAGAAAUUCUGACACCUCAAACACUUUUAAUUUUUGGGUUCUUAUAGUGAAAGGGUUUUGUUCACUAUGUCUGAUAUACUUGAUAAAGAAAGUGUUCAAGCAUCACAUGUUACAGUUCAUCCAGAAGUCGAACUUCAUCAGUAUUCACAUUCCUCACAAAAAUCUCAUUGUGAAUCACUUGUAACAAUUAAUGAAUGCAAAAACACAGUUUUUUGUUUAAUGUGUUUGAAAGAGUUUUCUAAAAAAAAAUAUUUAGUGAGACAUAUGAAAAUUCAUACCAAAGAGAAACAGUAUCAGUGUUGUAUGUGUCUAGAAAAGUUUUCAGAUAAAUCAUGUUUAUUAGAACACAUGAAAAAUCAUUCUGGAAAGAAACCAUAUCAAUGUUCAGAAUGUCUAAAAGAGUUUUCAGCUAAAUCAGGUUUAGUAAAACACAUGAGAAGUCAUACUGGAGAGAAACCAUAUCAGUGCUCAGAGUGUCUAAAAGCAUUUGCCAGAAAAUAUGUUUUAGUAGAACACAUGAGAAUUCAUACUGGAGAAAAGCCAUAUAAAUGUUCGGAAUGUCUACAAGAGUUUAACAGAAAACAAAUUUUAUUACAACACCUGAGGAUUCAUACUGGAGAGAAACCAUAUAAAUGUUCAGAGUGUCAAAAAAAAUUUUCACAAAAAUCUCAUUUAAUACAACACAUGAGAAUUCAUACUGGAGAGAAACCAUAUAAGUGUUCUGAGUGUCUAAAAGAGUUUUCAGAUAAAUCGUCUUCAGUACAACACAUGAGAAUUCAUACUGGAGAGAAACCAUAUCAGUGUUCUGAGUGUCUAAAAAGUUUUUCAGAUACAACUUCUUUAGUAGAACACAUGAGAAUUCAUACUGGAGAGAAACCAUUUCAGUGUUCAGAGUGUCUUAAAGGGUUUUCACGAAAAUCUUAUUUAGUAAGGCACAUAAGAAUUCAUACUGGAGAGAAACCAUUCAAGUGUUCAGAAUGCCUAAAGGCAUUUCCAUAUAAAUCAAAUUUAGUAAAACACCUCAGACUUCAUACCAGUUAGAAAUCAUAUCAGAGUU